AUGUACGAAUCCCCGCUACCGGACCUGGAACUGCCGAAAGGCAAUGUUGUGGAGGACUGGCUGAAGUCUCCAAACCUCCAGUCUCGAAUUGACCAUCCAAUUGUCAGUGAUGCCUUGACCAAAGAGUCGUUUACCCCUCGGCAGAUUAUCGACGGUAUGGGCAAGCACGCAGCUCUUUUGCGCUCAAAAUAUGGGAUUGAGGAAAACAGUGUUGUGUGCAUCUUUACAUUCAACAGUAUUUUCCACUCCAUUCUGCACUUGAGUAUUCUCAGCCUUGGCGCACAAAUAUCUCCGGCCAACGUUAUGUACACCCCCGAGGAGUUGGCCCACCAGCUCCGGGUUGUUCAGCCGCGACUGAUUAUUUGUGCACCUGAGAAUGCCAAGACCACUCAGGAGGCUAUCCAGCUCGCCAACUUUUCGACCCAGGUCAUCACCCUAGACCAAGCGGCAUCUGAGAUUCGCGACCUCUUGCAAAAUCGAAACGCUCCAAGCGUCAGCCCUAUUCCGGUUGAUGGACCUGAGCAGCAUGCGUACUAUUGUUUUUCGUCUGGAACUACGGGCCUGCCCAAAGCAGUUAUUACAACCCAAGGAAAUAUCAACGCGCAAUUCCGGCAAAUGAACGCAGUCAACCAUUUGAUGCUCAAGCCUGGAAGCAGGAUGACCGCAUUCUUGCCUAUGAGCCAUAUCUAUGGCCUCACUCUAUUCUUGUGGUGUGCAUCUUACGCAGCUGCUCAUAUCGUCGUGUUCCCAAAAUUCGAAUUGGAGACUGUGCUGCGGGCAAUUUGUGCUUUUGAUAUCGAAUUCUGUCCUUUGGUCCCUCCGGUCGCUGUUCUGCUCGGAAAGUCUCCAGUGGUAGACAAGUAUCCCAUUCACAAGCAUCUCAAAGCGAUCAUGAGUGGAGCUGCACCUUUGGCAAAAAGCACUGGUGAGCUGUGUCGCGCUCGCAUUCCAAACCUGACUAUCCACCAGGCUUACGGCCUGACCGAGUCUUCACCUUUCACCCAUGCGGUACUUGGUGGGUUUGAGGAUAAGUAUGAAAGCUCGAUCGGAUGGCUUCUGCCAAACGUUAAGGCCCGCCUCGUUGAUCCUAUCACAGAGAUGGAUGCUGAGCCAGGAAAACCUGGCGAGCUCUGGCUGCACGGACCAAAUAUCAUGAAAGGGUAUUACAAGAAUGAGCAGGCAACAGAACAUACGCUCAGCCAUGGCAACUGGCUCAAAACUGGCGACGUAGCUAUUGUCGACCCAGAGACCCAACAGUUCUACAUUGUUGAUCGAAUCAAGGAGUUGAUCAAAUCAAAGGGCCACCAGGUUGCUCCCGCUGAAUUAGAAGCCCUGCUUCUCACACAUCCCCAUGUUCAAGAUGUGGCCGUUGUUGGCGUUAAUGAUUCUACCGAGUCUACAGAACUCCCCAGGGCCUUCUUGGUUCUGCAGCCUGGGGUACUGGCUCACGAGGUGGUAGCCUGGUUCAACUCGAAGGUAGCCAAACAUAAGCGGUUGUGGGGCGGUGCUGUACUGAUGGAUGCCAUCCCCAAAAGCCCAUCGGGUAAGAUUCUACGUCGGCUGUUGAAGGACCAUAAAGCAGACGAAAUCCAUGGAGUAGAUAAGUCUAAGUUAUAAUUAUAGGUUUAUGACAGAAC